AUGUUUAGAUCACAAGUAGCAGUUGUUCAGUUUCUCUUCUUUUUCCUGAUCUGGAAUGCAGAUAUCGUUGUAACUACACUCAAAGUUUCUACUAUUGAUUGGGAUGAAAUAAUUGAAAAGACUGAAGUUGAACAAUCCCUGAAUCUUUUGGAUAGAUACUGUAAAAAUGUUUUGGAUGUGGUGAGGGGAUUGGAGCCAAAACUGAGUUCUGCUACUCUAUCAUGUGACAUCAGUGAAACACAACGGCUAGGCGAAACCAUCAAUGUUGAACUUGCAUUGUUAUCCAAUGAAAUGGAAACCAUAUUUUCACCAAAUCCGUGGUUUCCAUCGUUGAAGCAUACACUUGAAUCCGGUAUUGUGAAUAAGGAAAGCACGUGGAUAACUGAUAUCAUUUCAGUGAGUGAUCCGAAACCCCUUGACCGUGAAUCCUAUCUGUUCAUAAAGGACUAUGGUAAGAAUGUAGUAACUACUGAUAAGUGCUCUGAACUGAAGGAGGUUAUGUCGAGAAGAUACCCCGGAUUCGGUGAAUUAGUGAAGAGCUGUUUUUUUGAUGUGAAAUCGGGAGAUAUAAAAACGGAGAUGAAUUACCUAGAACUUAUGAAGAAAGGAUAUUGCUGUACAAAUUAUAAUAUAUAUAGAAGAAUUCACUGGUCUAUUAUAGAACUACUGUUUGGGGAAGAACAUGGUGGGGAUAAGACCGGACCGAACGGAAUAUCUCAACCUGAUAAAACGACUGACAAGAAAGAAAAUCUUCUUGGUGGGGAUAAGAACGAACCGAGCGGAAUAUCUCAGCCUGAUAAAACGACUGACAAGAAAGAAAAUCUUCUUGGUGGGGAUAAGAACGAACCGAGCGGAAUAUCUCAACCUGAUAAAACGACUGACAAGAAGGAAAAUCUUCUUGGUGGGGAUAAGACCGGACCGAGCGGAAUAUCUCAACCUGAUAAAACGACUGACAAGAAGGAAAAUCUUCUUGGUGGGGAUAAGAACGAACCGAGCGGAAUAUCUCAACCUGAUAAAACGACUGACAAGAAGGAAAAUCUUCUUGGUGGGGAUAAGAACGAACCGAACGGAAUAUCUCAACCUGAUAAAACGACUGACAAGAAGGAAAAUCUUGGUGGGGAUAAGACCGGACUGAACGGAAUAUCUCAACCUGAUAAAAUGACUGACAAGAAAGAAAAUCUUCUUGGUUUACCCUCAAUAAUACGAAUCUCCGAACUGGAAAAUUUGAAAUUGAACUAUGCAGGUCACUGUAUUUAUGCUUCGUUUCCAUCUGGUCGGUCAGAUGACGAGUGA